GCAAGGGGCAGGAAAACUGGGCUGGAUGUCAGCAUUUGGGGGAACCGGAUCCGAUUUGCGUGGACUAUCCUCGCUCCAAGCUUCCUUCCCCCGUUGCUCGUGCAAGCCGCCCAUUCUCAGCACCAGGAUGUUUGAAGAGCAAGAAGAGGCAGGCGAUCUUCUGACAGACAGUGACGAAAGUGUCUAUUCUGGACUGGAAGAUUCUGGAAGUGACAGCCUUACAGAAGAGGAGGAAGACCAGGAUCAUGGAGCUGAGGAGAAGUCAAAAGGGAAGUUGCGCUCCAGAAAUAGUCAAGCUGGAGAAGCAACAGAGUCGUGUCCUAAAAUCAGGAGUACAACAACAGAUCAACAAGAACCUCCCUUGCAGAAUGAGUACGAGGAAGACAGCUCCGAUGAGGAGGACAUCCGCAACACGGUGGGCAACAUCCCCAUGGAGUGGUACCAGGACUUCCCGCACAUCGGCUACAACCUGGAGGGCAAGCAGAUUUACAAGCCCAUCCGCUCCAAGGACGAGCUGGAUAGGUUCCUGGAGAAGAUGGAGAACCCCGACUACUGGCGAACGGUCCAGGACAAGAUGACCGGGGCGGAUGUGAAGCUGACGGACGAGCAAGUGGAGCUGGUGAACCGUCUCCAGCGCGGCCAGUUUGGGGAUGUGAAUUUCAAUCCGUACGAGCCGGCCGUGGACUUCUUUAGCAGCCAGGUGAGGAUCCACCCGGUGACCAACCGGCCUGCGGACAAGCGGAGCUUCAUCCCUUCCUUGGUAGAGAAGGAGAAGGUCUCCAGGCUGGUGCACGCCAUCAAGAUGGGCUGGAUCAAGCCCAGGAGGCCCCGGGAGGACACAGGGGUCUUCUACGACCUUUGGGCCCAGGAGGACCACAACUCCAUCCUGGGGCGGCACAAGAUGCACGUGCCCGCCCCCAAACUUCCCCUACCUGGGCACGAGGAGUCCUACAACCCCCCUCCGGAGUAUCUCCCGACCGAGGAAGAGAAACUCGCCUGGGAACAGCAGGAGCCUUCGGAGCGCAAGCUGAACUUCGUGCCCCAGCGCCACGACUGCCUGCGCCGUGUGCCCGCCUUCCCCCGCUUCAUCCACGAGCGCUUCGAGCGCUGCCUCGACCUCUACCUGUGCCCGCGCCAGAGGAAGAUGCGGGUCAGCGUGGACCCUGAGGACCUCAUCCCCAAGCUGCCCAAGCCCCAGGAUCUGAAGCCCUUCCCAACCGUGCAGGCCUUGGUGUAUCGUGGGCACACCAGCCUCGUGCGCUGCAUCAGCCUCUCUCCUACUGGGCAGUGGCUGGCAUCAGGUUCAGACGACGGCACAGUGAGGUUCUGGGAGGUCUGCACGGCCAGGUGUGUGAAAACCCUCCCGGUGCAAGCGGCGGUGAAGAGCAUUGCGUGGAACCCCAACCCCACCAUCUGCCUGGUGGCCGUGGCUGUGGAGCAGGCGGUGCUGCUGGUGAACCCCGGCCUCGGGGACAAGCUGCUCUGUGGGGCCACCGACCAACUUCUGGAAGGCUACGUGGCCCCCGAGGAGGGCCGUCUGCAGCCCGUCACGUGGGAGGAAGCCACGGAGGAGGAGCACCGCCUGGGGGGGCGGCUCAGGCUGAGGUUCGGGAAGCCCUUGAAGCAGGUCACCUGGCACGGGAAGGGCGACUACUUUGCCACAGUGGUGUCGGACAACAGCCACCUGCAGGUGCUGAUCCACCAGGCCAGCAAGCGCUGGAGCCAGGCGCCCUUCCGCCGGAGCAAGGGCCAGGUGCAGUGCGUCCUCUUCCACCCGCUGCGGCCUUUCUUCUUCGUGGCCACCCAGCGCUUCGUCCGCGUCUACCACCUGCUCAAGCAGGAGCUGACCAAGAAGCUGCUGACCAACUGCAAGUGGGUCUCCAGCAUGGCUGUCCACCCCGGAGGCGACAACUUGAUCUGUGGCAGCUACGACAGCAGACUGGCCUGGUUUGACCUGGACCUCUCCACCAAGCCUUACCGGGUGCUCAGGCACCACAAGGCAGCCCUGAGGUCGGUGGCUUUCCACCCUUCCUACCCGCUUUUUGCCUCCGGCUCGGAUGACGGCAGUGUCAUUGUCUGCCACGGGAUGGUCUACAACGACCUGCUUCAGAACCCGCUGCUCGUGCCGGUGAAGGUGCUGAGGGGCCACGCGCCGGCCCACGACCUGGGCGUCCUGGAUGUCCUCUUCCACCCCACACAACCUUGGCUUUUCUCUGCGGGCGCAGAUGCCACCGUCCGGCUCUUCACGUAGCCCUGGGCCCAGCUCCCAACAGACUUGGCAGGAGAGGGGAAGCCGGGGGUUUCCGGGCCCUCCGUGGGCUCCUUUCCCUGGGAGGCCGGAGCUUUUGAUCCGGGCGAGGAGGAGGAACCUCAGACCUUGCAGGCCACUGACUGGAGGGGGGGUGGAGGGGGGGCUCCUACAGGACUGAAUACUCAGAGCACCAGGCACUCUUCUGCGUUGUCCUGCUCGCUCGCUUGGAAAAUAAUAAAAGUGCCUGAUUUGCAA